AUGAAGAUACCUCAGAUGAUGUCUCUGACUCUUUGCGCCUUCUCGGCUGUCCAGCAUGCUGCCGCUCUGGCCAGCGAUAACGGCGGUGGAUCCAAUCGCGGCCACCUUCGUAGCAGCAGUCCUGCCUCGUUCUCCGUCCACAGCAAGAACCAUCCAAAUCUUCUUCGACGGGGAGACUCCUGCCAGCCUCGUAGCAGCAGUCUUUGCAGCGACCACGACGAUUGUUCCUCCUCUCCCGCGAACAAGAACCAUUCGAAUCUCGUGGAAGUCUGGACCAACGCGAGUUUGGAUUGCGAUGACUUGGGAUUCUACCAUUAUCAUUAUCAGCAUGAGGAGCAAUACGACCAGCAAGACAAUGAUGGGUGGAAGAUGAGUGGAUGUCGGCACCACGAAAUCUUCUCGGACCACCACAGCGACGACAACGCGUUGGCGUCCACAUCAUUCACGACUCGCCACCAUGCUUCACAAAUGGACCUCAGCGACGCUGGAUUGUCUCUCGAAUGUUCCGACGACAUGGAUAAUGGCAGUGACUUCCACAGUCGUCCCUUGACCUCUCUCACAUCCGUUGUUGAUGUUUACGCCUUUGUAACGGAUGACCACGGAGGAAACUUGUAUUUCGUCUCCAAAGAUUCGACCGUCAUGGGUAUGCAGUCUCCCAGCGGAUCUACGAUUCGACAUGUUCUGGUUUGCCUACCGUGCCAGGAUCUCCUCUGGGAUCCGGAACGGAAUCAAGACGAUGCGACCGAAACGACCUCUGUUCGCGUUCCGGAACCCCUUGAGGCUCGAGUCAAAGAGGAACCUGUUUUGCCUGACUCUCCAUCCACGACGACCUCCUCUGCCAAGGGCCGAGGAGAUUCCAACGAAUUGAGUUCUGUCUCUGACGCCAACACCAGCACGAAUUUUGCAGCCAACCAAUUACGCCUCCGAGCCACCAACAAGCCCAACGAGGAAUCAGAGGAGCUCGGCAAGGUUGACGGUGGCUUGGCCGCCGACAACGACUUGAACGGGUCGUUCGAGGAUAACCUUGUAUCACGACGAUUGUUGUUGGAAACAACGUACUACUCCGGUGAUAAUCUCGAAUGCAGUCAGCUCGGGUAUCAGUUUGGCUACCGGAUGGAUGGAUGCGUCGACGAUUGGUAUCGGCCAUUCUCUACAUUGGUUUUCUCAGACCCUCCCUUUCUGCCCCCGUUCUGCGAAAUUGAAGAUCUUGGAUUGUUUGACAUUUUUUGUACAACCGAAGAUGACGGCCUCUACCAACUUGCACACAUCUUUACCACCGUGGACGCAGACGUGUUCGUUCAAGGUGACGGUGGCGGCACCCUGUAUCAGAUGCCAAAGGACACCACUUUCACAUUGGCAACGUCGUUCGGAGGAGAACGCCCCUUGGAAGGAAUCGUCAACAUACAGUUUUGCUUCCGAUGUGAGCAUCUUGCCUUUUUCGAGACGGACAGCCCAACUUCAGCCCCUAGUCCCAGUCCAACCGACAUGCCAACAGGCAAUCCAACAGCCUCGCCUACUACAGAUCCAACCGAAAUGCCAACAAAUAGCCCUACCACCCCACCUAGUCCAAGUCCAACCGAGAACCCAACAGGUGCUCCAAGUGUCACGCCAAGUCGCACUCCAUCCAAGCGUCCUAGUCAAGCCCCCAGUGCCAGCCCGACGGAAAAGCCUAUUCUCGAUCCAACCAUGAGUCCUACCCGAAACCCAUCACCUCGUCCUAGUGCUAUCCCGAGUGUAGCGCCUAGUAACAACCCAACACUCAAGCCGACUCUGGAUCCUACUCUUAGUCCGACCGUGUUCCCCACUGAGCUCCCUACAGGUACUCCAACGCUCCAACCAAGUGCAAAGCCAAGUUUCGAUGUGCCUUCCUCGAGUCCAACAAACAAGCCCAGUGAAAACCCAACCACAAGUCCUACUGCAGCACCAUCCAUCUCCCCAAGUAGCACUCCAUCUGGAGAUGAGGGCUUGCCACCUGGAUCAUCAGGAGGCGGCAAAGAGAGUCCUAGUUCAGCUCCAAGCGCGAGCCCAAGUGAUGAACCAUCAUCUUUGCCCACAACAACUCCAAGUUCAUCCCCAUCAUCAGAACCAAGCUCAUGGCCAUCUAGCCCUCCGACCACCAAGCCCACCAUGAGUCCAUCUGUGGCCCCUUCUUCAUCGCCAACAAAGAGCCCGAGCAAGAUGCCCAGUAUCUCCCCAAGUAGCACUCCAACUGGAGAUGAGGGCUUGCCACCUGGAGCAUCAGGAGGCGGCAAAGAGAGUCCCAGUUCAGCUCCAAGUGCGAGCCCAAGUGAUGAACCAUCGGCUUUGCCCACAACAACUCCAAGUUCAUCCCCAAGUGCAUCCCCAUCAUCUGAACCAAGCUCAUGGCCAUCCAGCCCUCCAACCACCAAGCCCACCAUGAGUCCGUCUGUGGUCCCUUCUUCAUCACCAACAAAGAGCCUGAGCAAGAUGCCCAGUGUGUCCCCAAGUAGCACUCCAAGUGGAGAUGAGGGCUUGCCACCUGGAUCAUCAGGAGGCGGCAAAGAGAGUCCCAGUGCAGCUCCAAGUGCGAGCCCGAGUGAUGAACCAUCAGCUUUGCCCACAACAACUCCAAGUUUAUCCCCAAGUGCAUCCCCAUCAUCUGAACCAAGCUCACAGCCAUCUAGCCCUCCGACCAGUAAGCCCACCAUGAGUCCGUCUGUGGUCCCUUCUUCCUUGCCGAGUGCCGGUCCAUCUGCUUCCCCCAGUUCACAACCCAGCUCUUUGCCAAGUGGAAGUCCAAGCAAGCUGCAAACAGGAGCUCCCAGUGCACAACCAAGUUCCAGUCCUUCCACUUCUCCAAGUUUACCUCCAUCAGGAUCACCAAGUACUAUUCCCAGUUCUGGACCAAGCACCAACCCAUCUAGAGCACCAAUCCAAGCCCCCAGUUACAGUCCAAGUUCAAUCCCAACUACAAUACCAUCAGGCCCCCCCAGCGUGCAACCAAGUUUCUCCCCGAGUUCUGGUCCAAGCGCAAGCCCCUCUAAUGCACCUAUUCAAGCUCCUAGUGUCAGUCCAAGCACAAAGCCAAGUGAAAGCCCAAGUUUGUCCCCUAGUGCCCUUCCAUCAGCUGAUCCCAGUGCACCACCCAGCUCUUCGCCAAGUAGAAGUCCAAGCCAGUUGCAAACAGGAGCUCCUAGCGCAAAGCCAAGUGGCAGCCCUUCCUCUUCUCCAAGUGCACAUCCAUCAGAUCCACCCAGUAGUAAACCCAGUUCUGGCCCAAGCUCCAGCCCAUCUAGAGCACCCAUUCAAGCUCCAAGUACCAGUCCCAGCACAAACCCAAGUGCCUCCCCUAGUACUGGCCCAUCUGCUUCACCCAGUUCCCAGCCAACCUCAUUGCCAAGUGAAAGCCCAAGCCACUCACCAACAGGAGAGCCCAGCAGAGCACCAAGUGCACACCCUUCAUCUGCUCCAAGUGCCAAUCCAUCAGAAUCUCCCAGUACAAAACCUAGUUCUGCCCCAAGCUCCAGCCCCUCAAAUGCACCCAUUGAAGCUCCAAGUACCAGUCCCAGCUCCAUCCCAACUGCGUCCCCUAGUACGUGGUCAACAAAGAUAAAAACCCAGUAUUCUCCCGACAAGAGUCUCAACCGUAUGACACAGAAGAAGCCCAGUAGCACCAGUGCCCUCUCUGCAGUGACCCAUCCAAUAACAGGAAGCGCAGCCCCCGUAGGCAACCAAGUGCCGGCCCUUCCGUCUUCUCCCGAGUGCAGCCCCAUCCGGAUCGCCCAGUGCCGUCCUAGUUCCGGCCCCAGCUCUUCCCCCAGCGCCGCUCCAACCUGGGCCCAAGUGAGUCACCAGCAGCAAGCACCGACUGGAGCCCUAGUGCCCCCCGAGCUCCGGACCCUCUGCAUCACCCAGCUCUCUCCCAGCGGCAGCCCAAGUGCCUCCCCAGUGCCGGUCCAUCUGCUUCCCCCAGUUCCCGACCCGCUCUUCGCCGAGUGAAAGCCCGAGCCGCUCCCCUACAGGAGCGCCCAGCGCGGCACCAAGUGCGGCCCUUCCUCUUCUCCCAGUGCAGCCCCAUCCGGAUCGCCCAGUGCCGUCCUAGUUCCGGCCCAGCUCUUCCCCCAGCGCCGCUCCAAGCCUGGGCCCAAGUGAGUCACCCAGCAGAGCACGACUGGAGCCCCUAGUGCACCCCGAGCUCGGACCCUCUGCAUCACCCAGCUCGUCUCCCAGCGGCAGCCAAGUGCCUCCCCCAGUGCCGGUCCAUCUGCUUCCCCCAGUUCCCGCCCAGCUCUUCGCCGAGUGAAAGCCCGAGCCGCUCCCUACAGGAGCGCCCAGCGCGGCACCAAGUGCCGGCCCUUCCUCUUCUCCCAGUGC